AUGGGGAAGAUGAGCGAGGACGUUGGACUGGAUCAAUUGGGUGGGAGAGGUACCUCCACUGCUAAUCAGUGGUGGAAAGGUACUUUGUCCACGAGUAGCUUCCCACGAGCAUCGAGGUGUGGGCUGGGCUGGGCUGCCACUGACUUGGCUGAUACUGAGGUACCUCUCUCUCAAACAGAGACGAAGGAAGGGACACUGGAGAAGGCGGCAGGACCGGGGAUGAGAAUUAAAGGUGAAGGCGACUCUCAGACACUGAGGACCGUGUGUUUUAGUCGCCGUCUGAUUCUCAAAGUCAAUGCUGAAAUGGCUCAAGAUGGACAAGCUGGAACAGCACUCGGGGGCUGCGAGCCAAUGGCCGACGCUGAUCUGUUUCGUUUCCUGCCUUGCGACAUUCACCCCUUCUUCACCACCGAAUACCACCUUACCACCUCACCACCACUUUCUCGCCAGUUAAGGCUCACGAUGAGUACGGAGUACGGGGUGUUGGAGACACAAGGCUUCACGGCCCAUCAUGUCGGCUCCCCUACAUUAACCACCUCCUUCUUUCAGUCUCGUAUUUCGACUAACCGCACACUUGGGCUGCACGACGGUUGGAUGGCCCUGUCCAAAACCUGGCCGCACGGAAAAUUCCUACAAUUCGGGGUCCCUGCCGGGGGGAAAUGUGUUGCGCGGCCCGCGGGAGAUCCAGCUUCAUCAGUCGUCGUUUUGGAAACGAAAAAAAAAGCAAAUGCUGAGAUGCGCUCGAACACAUUUGGGGAGGGAUAUGCUAUUUGGAAGUCCGAAAUUCGAUCUGCUGAAACCCCCCUCGCCGACCCCAGACUGAGGUUUUGCUGGAGUUCCCUUGUGCCCAAUACCAUACUUCCGCGAGCAUGGCAAGGUGAAUGUCAACUAUUACACACCACGUGUCCCACCGGGAUCGCUGCCGUUGCUGCUAACCCGCGCGUCGCGUAUCCUUGGCCUGCCUAUCUCCUGGAUGUCUCACUCAGUUGGCAGCCCCAUCAUAGUCGGAAACGAGAUGCCACUUGGAGCAGUGUCUCUCCCAACAACUUUGCGUGCUCGUAUCGUACGCCAGCCAGCCGUUCUGUAGUACAGCAUGGCGAAGGAACCCCCAUACAGCUGGGUUACUCGACUCAUUACUACCAACGCGGCGCCAUGGGAUUGGUCUCCGCAGCCACUCAUGCAGGAGGCAUGGCGGGCACCCCUUGUGCUUCAAGUUUGUUCCAGUUGGUCACUUUCGCCCGUCUUUGGGACUCUGGCUUCAUUGCUCGACAUAUACGACUGCAGCUGGUUCCGAACCAGCCGGUACUGGCUGUUAAGCGGACGUCGCUUUGGGUAAUAAUACCUGAUAGUAAAGCUCCAGCCAUGUGCCGAGACGUUCAUAAUCGCCUGCAACACCGGCGGAGCAUCGUAGAGCAGAAUGUGAUUGAUGAUCAUUCAGAAGUUGUCCGCAAGAGAUGCCUCGAAACGACCCCGCCAGCUAUAUGGCCAGAGCUCCAUGCUAGCUGGCACGGUACCGAGUCGGCCAUCAACAAAGACCAGUUUCUGGAUACUCUCGGCUGCCUCCCGCCGGGACCGAAUGAUGAAGAGGCUCCGAUAUCUACGGUAUACCUAAGCCACUCCCGGCACUUUCGGACAAUGAGGUGCGCUGCGUUGCUGACGGCGCCGCUGACUCUGCAGCAGCCAUUCGCCGAGUUCCCCGCUGUUCAAGCCACAAGACGGCAGGCCGAGCAUCGGCCUUCUUCCACCUCAUUCUCGACGGCGUGUCCCAAGACGAAACUGGCAGGAUCAAGAAUACGGCAACAACUUCCAUUGUUGAUUGCCCGCAAUCGCAGUACCUUUUCCUUCACCAUUGCAUUGCACCAUUCGUUCAUUUAUAAUGCUGGAGCGGGGCAGCAGCUUCCCCCACCAUCCAAGCGCAAGCUGGGCGUGACAGCGUGUGUGGUGUUGGCCAUUCACCGGGAUUUGGACCACGGCAUAAUACCUGCUAGAAUCGGAGAGGAGGGCGCUUCUCUGACGGAAGACAAGGCGAGGCGAGGCGAGCUUCUGUACCUCGGAAUUCCGAAUUGUGCCUUUUCCUGCUACCUUAAGGUACCUUACGGAAAUAUCACGUCUCGUUCCUCAUUGGGCGUCCGCAGAGUUCGUGCAAGCCGGCCGUCGGUGCCCGCCCCUUUCCAUUCGCAUGUUCCCCCGUCUGAGCUGGCCCGUCUCAGAGACUCCAUAAGGUACUUUCCCCUUCUUCCCCUCUUUGCACCUUGA